AUGACCAGAUUGCCCGGCCAGCCCGUUUCCGUCUUGUUUGUGUGCUUGGGCAACAUUUGCCGUUCGACAAUGGCGGAAGGGAUCUUCCGAGAUUUGGCAAAGCAGCCGCAGUUCAAGGACAAGAUUGGUGACAUUGAUUCUUGCGGAACGGCUGCGUAUCAUGCCGGCGACCCGCCAGACUCCCGAACAAUGGAGACGCUAGAGAGCCACGAGAUUUUCGACUACGACCACGAUGCGCGCCGCAUUACGAGAAGCGACUUUGAUAGGUUCGACUACAUCUUCGCCAUGGAUCUCUCCAACCUGUCGGAUCUCGAACGUCUCAAGCGCGAGAACAAGGACUCCAAGGCCAAAGUGAUGCUCUUUGGCGAGUACAGCGGCACGAAGAAGCCCGAAGUGGUUAGCGACCCCUACUACGGCGGCCAGGACGGUUUCGACAAGGCAUUCGAGCAGUGUUCUCGCUUUGCCAAGAACUUUCUGCAAGAGGUGGUCAUGAACGAGUAA